CGGCCCGUCGCUUGGUAAUUCGCGUAUGUAGUAUCUUGGCCCACCACAGUCCACCGGCUGAGCAACUUAUUUGGUCAUCCGAUGACGCCGCCCGAGACGACGCCGACGGCGAGCCAGCCGCUGCUGGCGCCGCCACCACGCCGCCCGUCCAGCAAGGCGGCGCUGCGCAAGGAGGCCUCGUACGUCUUCAAGUACCUCAUCCUCGCGCAGGUGACCGUCUACCUCGAGGCGGGCUCGAUCCCGUGCCUUCUCGACUCGUUCGCCGUUGCGUUCAACAUGAGCGUUCAGCAGCAAGGCUCGCUCGGCAGCGUCGUCUACGUGGCGCUCUGCCUCGCGUCGCCGCUCUGCGGCGUCUGCCUUCAGCACUACGACGCCAAGUGGGUGCUCGGCAUCUCGCUCGUGCUCAAUAACCUCUGCGUCCUCGGCUUUGCCAUGACGCCGAGUGGCCACUCGUACUCGGCGAACCUCCUCAUCUUUGCGCGCGCGCUUAUCGGCUUCACACAGGCCUUCCUCUGCGUCUACACGCCGCUGUGGGUCGACGCCUUUAGCCCGCGCGAGCGCGUCGCGGGCUGGAUGUCGUACCUCCAGGGCAGCGUACCGCUCGGCGUCAUGUUUGGGUACCUCUUUGGGUCCGUCUCCAACUGGGUCAACGAGGACUCGUGUGGCAUGGCGUGCUGGCGCUGGCCGUUCGUGCUGCAGUUCAUUCUCGUGCUGCCGCUCAUGGUCGGCGUCUUCUUCGUCCCAAGCGAGCACAUCUCCAUCAAGGCGCUCGACGUCUUCAACAAGAAGACGACCAAGGUACCUACCAUCCGGUCGCUCUCGAAGCGCGCGCCGUCGUCGGCGUCGGCGAGUCUUCCGUCGACGUCGGUGCUCGUACCGGUGCCGUCGCCGAUCAUCGAGUCGCCGCCCGUGAGCCACCCGCACGUCCUCCUCGAGCAAGCGCCGUCGCUGCGCUGGAGCUUCAACAACGGCCACCAAGACGAACUCAACUCGGCGCAGCGCGCGUCGAUCCGCGCUUCGUACAUCACGCCCCGCUUCCGCAUGGACUCGUACGACAUUGACUUGUACUUUGAGCAAAUGGAGUGGGAUCUGCUGCAGCAGCAGCAGAGCCAAAGCGCGAUCAAGACCCAAUAUGGCACGGUCCUUGAAGAGGAGCCGGACGAUGCGCCGACGGAGAAUGAGAGUGCGAGUCUCACCCGGCACCUCUCGCUCCGCGACGACUACUACGACCACGAAGAAGAGGACGAGCACGUGCCGGACGACCUCAGCGUCCUCCAGAGCUGCGUCGUCCUCCUCUCCAAGCCCAUCUUUACGCUCAUCGUGCUCGGUCUCUCCGCCAUCUACUUUGUCGUUACCGGCGUCCAGUUCUGGUGCACGAUCUACCUUCAGAAGAACUUCCACACGAGCGUCGUCAUCGUCAACGGUCUCUACGUGCUGGUCGCUGGCACGGGCCCGAUCCUCGGCGUCUUCUUCGGUGGUGCCCUCAUCGAUCGCGCAGGCGGCUACAUUGGCGCCGUCGCGCGGGCCAAAGCGCUCGGCUACUGCGUCGGUCUCGGCCUCAUCGCCUUCCUUCUCGGCAUCCUCACGACGUUCCUUCCGGACGUGUACACCACCGCCAUGUGUCUCUGGCUGCUCCUCUUCUUUGGCGGCUCGAUCUUGCCGGCCUGCACGGGCAUCUUCAUCUCGGCGUCGCCGGUCCAGCUCCGGUCGCUUGCCUCGUCCGUGUCGGUCAUGGUGUUCAACAUCUUUGGGUAUGCGCUGGCGCCAGAGCUCACGGGCGUCUACAUGGACUACGUCCUCUCGCAGCAAGGCGUCGAGGGCAGCUACUUUGACCACUGCGACGAGGCGUGCGUGUACCGAUAUGGCUUUCGCUUCUGCCUUGCGUGGAGCGUCUGGUCGUUCGUCGCGCUCAUCGGCGCGUAUGCCCACGCACGCAGCGAAGCGCUCUCGGCGCCGCCCUCGAGCUCGGUCGAGCGCCGUCUAUUGCGGUCGCAGUCGUCCAUGAAGCAGCGCCCGACCAUGCUCAUGCACUAGAUUCUCCCAACUAACAACAGAAUAUGCUGAUCUCAUAGAAGCAGCGCUAGCGAUUAGGUUUAAACGGUAGCAGGGAUUGAAACAUUGAAACAGGGACCCACUGGAUAUUGAAACAGUGUUUAAACCACUGGCUACGAAGACUAC